AUGGAUCGAUCGCGUCUUAGUGCGAAGAAACCGGAAGCUGCGCGGUGGAAAGAACUUGACCGCAAGUUUCCUGUGCUCAAGGAUGGCGGUGGAACCCCUCCACCACCACCGGCUGAUUUCAAGAUGCCAAAAUUGGCUACCCGGAUGUGGCAUUUCCCUAAGAGUAAGAUGGAGCAACUCAAAUCUCAAGCGAUGGCGAAGACAGGAGAAAGUUGGAUCUCGACCUACGAUGCAAUAAUGUCGAUUCUCUGGAAGAGAAUCACACGAUCCAAGCUCGACCUUCUGCACCCUGACCUUGCCAAGGAGGUCAUACUGGUACACGCGGUAAAUACACGAAAGAUACUGGACCCGCCUUUGCAAGCGACAAUGAUGGGCAAUGCAGUCGCGCUUCCCCGCACGGAGCCAAUAAAGAUUUCCGAACUCAUCACCGAAAAUAAUCUUCCGGAAAUUGCGCAAAGAGUGCGAAACUCGAUCAAGACCAUCACUCCACAGUACGUCGCUGAGCUACCUGAGUGGAUCGCAGGACUAGACGAUAGACGAUGGAUAAGCAUUAACAUGAGCUCGUUCCUGGGUAUGGACUUGGCGGGCACGAGCUGGCAAGGCAUGAAUGUAUACCAAAAACACGAUUUCGGUUUUGGUGUUGCGAAAGCCAUCCGGUUUCCGGAUCCCCAGUUCGAAGGCUAUGUUUUUGUAUACCCAAGCAGGGCGGAUGUCAAGGACAAUGCCGUCGACGAAGGUAAUGAGGUAUGUGUGUGCUUGGAAACAGGAUGCCAUGAUCGAUUGAUGAAGGGCACGGAGUUGCUCAGAUAUGCACAGCCUCGUGGUAGCUAG